GGAAUUUUAAAAAACUAUCAGGAAAAUAUUGACUAUAAAGUAGUAUACAUUAACAAUAUUAAGCAUUACGAAAUUUUGUCAGAAAAAUUAAAAAAAUAUUUGGAGGAGGAGUGGCAUCGCAAAAUAAACCCAGAUAAUUACGGAGGACUUUCUCCCCUUUCGGAGGAAAUGUUGAAACAGCAUUUUGUUGAAGGAACCGAUUAUUCAGCGGAAAUCAAUAAUAGCGGCUUUAAGGAAAUAAAAAUCCACUCAGAAAGAUUAAAAAAGGCUUGCCAAAAUUGGUGGGACAAAAAGCGAGGUCCGCGUGAUUAUAGCGACGAGAUAGCAGAUGCCUUUCUCCGAAUGAUCACUAAUGGCAAACAACAACCACCGCUGACAGAAGCCGAAUUAAAGGCCCUGAACGACCCCAUUUUGGGGGCAGACAAGAAAGGAAAUGGUUUUAUGGGCUUUACUGGUGAAUUACGGGGCGAAUACAUUUACAAUUCCAAAACUGGCCAUUUCAAAUCGGCCACGAGCAAUAUGUGGGCGGGUGGCGACGACAAACAUAAUUAUUUUUCUAAAUAUGACAAUGUAAACUUAACCCCUGAAACUUAUCAAGAAGCAAGACAAGCCAUUUUCGACCGCUUUUUAAAAAAAUUGCGAGACAAUAAACAAGCAUGA